ACGCUUAUGCUUACAGGCCCUCGAGCGAGAUGGAGCACUUCAGCCUCAGAUCAUUUUUAAGAAGAAAAAUAUCACCGACAGUUGGAUCGAGAUGAUGGGACGUGGAGUGAGCAGCGGCGGAGGACAGAGUUCUUUGGGAUACCUUUUUGGAGGUGGAGAGGCUCCUGCUCCUCCAGUUCCAAAGCCCACUAAUACCAAUGCGGAGACUCCUCAGAGCAGCCGCCUCCCUGUAGCCAAUGAGCCUGCAGAGGUCAGCAAGCAGAUUCCAGCUGGUGUUCCUGCAAAACCCAACACCACUAAUAACUAUUUCCGUGCUGAUGGGCAGAACUGUGGCAACUUUCUCACGGACCGCCCAACAACAAAGGUGCAUGCAGCUCCUGGCGGUGGAUCUUCACUGGACUUCCUGUUUGGGGGUGCUGGUGCUGGGAAAUGAGGCAUCAUGACAUAGAUGGUGGAGCCAUUGGUCGCCGUUGUUCUAUGACCUUUUGAAUUUCAAGGAAAACAGUAUAUCUCUAGGUAUUAUGUCUGUAGUGGAAAAACUGCACUGCUAAAUUUCGCACUUGUUUGCAUGUAUGGUGCGUUUCUAGGUGGGCUUCUCGUAGCAGACAUCCGUGUUUGUCCGCAUUUGAAUUUGAUGAAAAAGAAUUGAAUUUGUAGGGAGUGAUCCCCAUGAUUCAAUGGCACCAAUUAAAUGUCCUUUACUC